AGCUUCAUUGGCUUAUAAAAACGAUAUUCAUCCUACUAGUUUCACGAAAUUGCGAAAAUAAGCAUGGCAGAAGCAGAGGUCAGGAGCAGAGAAAGCAGAUGGUCUCUCAAAGGAAUGACUGCUCUUGUUACUGGCGGAACACGAGGCAUAGGGUUUGCAAUAGUAGAAGAGCUAGCAGGGUUUGGAGCUGCAGUCCACACUUGUUCUCGUAACGAGACAAAGCUUGAUGAAUGCAUAAGAGAAUGGGAAAGCAAAGGUUUUAGGGUGACUGGAUCAGUAUGUGAUGUCUCAUGCCGAAGCCAAAGAGACAAACUAAUAGAGAAAGUCUCAUCUACCUUUCAAGGAAAACUUAAUAUCCUUGUGAACAACGCUGCAGCAGUUGUAAGCAAGAAUAGCACAAAAGUCACUGCAGAGGAUAUGGCAAAUACUUUGGGUACAAAUGUUGAGGCUUCUUAUCACCUUUGUCAGCUUGCACACCCUCUUUUAAAAGCAUCAGGAAAUGGAAGCAUUGUGUUUAUUUCCUCUGUUGCCGCUGUUGUAGCCUUACCUACACUUUCCUUCUAUGGAGCGUCUAAAGGAGCACUUAAUCAGUUGACCAAGAGCUUAGCAUGUGAGUGGGCACAUGACAAAAUCCGAGCUAAUGCAGUGUCACCAUGGAUCAUCAAAACUCCUCUUUUGGAUGCUAGUCUUGCUAAAAGUGCAAGUGAACAGCGAGCUGGUAUGAGUCGGAUUGUCUCUCAAACUCCCAUCAGCCGCUUAGGGGAGCCUAGUGAGAUAUCAUCUCUAGUGGCAUUUCUGUGCCUCCCUACUGCCUCGUAUAUCACAGGGCAGAUUAUUUCUGUUGACGGUGGAUAUACCGCCAAUGGUGGAUAUACUGCUAAUGGUUUUUGACCAUCUUCUGGAUAACAGAGGACAGUCUUUUAUGUUGUUGGUGCUGUUUUUGUUAAAAAAAACACUGUUUUAUGUUGGUGGUCGACUUGGUGUUGUUGUUCUUGAAAAAAAUACUGUUUUAUGUUGUUCAAUAAAUUGUAUAAUACAAUAACUCGCACUAAGCUGGGUGCGGGAUUUCAAAUUA